UUAUUGGUCUUUAGGCCAAACAUGUAUGGAGGCUGAGCAAUCUCCUUUGACUAUAGCAAAAAAUAAGAAUUUAAAAUUUACACAUUUAGUAUGUAUUUGAUGUGGCAUUAACUAUCGCCAAAUUUAAUUAUCAAUGAAACAUUUCAGUCUUGAGUUUAUUUAAUAAUAAAUAAAAUUGUCUGUUCAGAAUGUAAUAAAGAACUAUAAGUUUUAAAUUUUGGUGCUCCACAGCAAUUUUGCCUUUUUUUAUGCAAGGUCCACUAAAUUAUCUCAUCCACCCCACCCCACCUAAAGUUGAGUCUGAUUAGUUAUGAAGUGGGUACAGCAAUAUAUGUGCAAAGCUGGAUACUCAUUAGCAAGCUGUAACUGUAACAUGCGUGAUACAGUACCGAGGUUCUAGUGUGUACACUUGCAGCUCAGUUGUAAACGUCGGCUCAUACACACUAUGCUUUUUGGUUAAAGCAAUGGUUACGGUUACAGCUCGCUAAUGAGUACCCGGCUCAAUAGUCAUCCUCAACUUGCCAGCCUAUCUCAAUUGCCUACUGCAUGGUUCUUGAAUGUUGUUCACCAACAGAAUCAUAUUAUCUACCAAAAGCUUGUUUAUUUACUGUGUUGUCUAAACGAACAGGUGCUUUUAAAACAAAAUAAAUUCUUUUAUGCUCUACCUCCGCAAAAACCUUGAAGCAUUCAUUCUGGGUUUCAAUUCUUACAGAAAUGCAUGCAAUCAUUUAAUAGUACAAUGACCACAAAUGUUGGUGCUGCCGUAUACAGAAAGAAAGCCGAAAGCCGAUCGGCGCUUAUCGGCGCCGACAACCAAUCCUUCCAGAAGAAAGACUUGUUGUCACCAUUCGUUAAAUUUGCCAAUCUGGAAAUUUUACUAGUGACCCGCGAGGACGCCGAGAUGACGUCCGUUGCAAGAAGAGAGCAUGAUGAUUCCGGUGAAUAUUCGGAUGCAUCGCAGGAUAUCGAACACAAUAACUCGGGCAAUGAUGUUGGGCAGCCUGAAUCAGACUAUGAUUCCCAAGGCAGCGACUCCGAAAGAUCAGAUAGAGAUCUCGAGAGCCAGGAGACAGAACGCAGAGUAGAUGACGAUGAGGACCGUAGCAAUCCUCAGUAUAUCCCUAAAAGGGGAACUUUCUAUGAACAUGAUGAUAGAACUGCAGCAAGCGGUGAAGAAUCAAGCAACACGACUUCAGAGACUGCCUCUGAGAAGAAAGAAGGCAGCGAGACACCCGCUGAACGCCGUCGGGCGCCCCGCAAGUCUGACGUCAUUAACAAGUGGUCUCACGACAAAUACAACGAGAAUGAACAGAUGCCGAAAUCUCGUGAUGAACUAGUGGCCAUAUAUGGAUACGACAUUAGGAAUGAGGACGCACCGCCGCACGCUCGCCGCAAUAGAAGAUACGGCCGUGGGCCUAAUAAAUAUACACGUACAUGGGAGGACGAAGAAGCAUACAAGAGGCAAUCGGCCGCGCAACCGCAGCCGAGGAAACCGCCCAAUCCCGAUGAAUUCCCAGAACUGGACGCAAGCAAGAAGCAAAAUAAGAAAAUGCGUGCUCCUCGACCGCGUUCCAAGUCUCAGCCCGCAUCUAACGAGUCACUCGAAAAUGGAGAUAAUAAUCAACUCAGAAGAAACGCUUCUAUCAAAUCACCUAAAGGUAAAAACGAAAGGCCUGUUAAAGUCAACGUCAGUAAAGGCGCAGUGAAACCGAUUCCCAAACCAUCGCCCAAAGACAGGAUGCCGCCGCUCGAGAACCUGACCAUAACCACUUCGGUCACCGCUAAUAACCAAGGACAGCCCCAGAGGAAGGUGAAUGCGACUGUGGCUCAACAACGUCCGGUGCCCACUGAACAGGCGAAGCGGAAACCACAACAACAGCCGCAACAACUAAACAACGUAGCACCUAACAAGUCGCCGCCGCAGCAAUCUCAGCAGCCGCAGCCGCAACAGAAGCCGCAAGCGCAACAGAAUCAACCGCAACCGCCGCAAACCGCGACUGGUGCGGAAGCCCGUGGGAGCAAACGCUAUAGUAGCUUACGCCAGCGUCCUCUCGCCGAAUCGUACUCUCCACAACAACAACAACAGACGCAGCAGCAACAGCCUCAACAACAGCCGCAACAGCAACCGCAACAGCAACAGAUCAGAUACACUGAGGUUGAUUUGUGUUUGGGUGUUGAUGGUACAGAGUACGCGGCGAAUGCGCCGCCGGCGCCCCACCAGGGCAGCCCCGUGCCGCAGAUGCACCCGCCACAGCUUAUGCACCAGAAUUACUAUUUAAGAAUAAGUAUAAUGUUCGCUAUAGCAAGUACAUCGGGCGGCGGUGCCACCGCAGCACGGGCCUUCGCCCCCGCACCAGCAAUUGCCUCAACCGCAGCAUUCGCAACAAGACAAUUACAAGCAACACAGGGUUAUGCACCACCAGCGAUGAUGCCAGCACAGUACAUGCAGGCAACGCAAGCCGGCGGGGUGACGUAUUACAAUUGUGCCGAACAAGAGCAACCGCCGCCACAGCCUCGGGCACAGAGAAGACCCACCGCCGCCAUACCCAUAGUCAGACCUGCCGCACCAGAGAGGUUAGUACUUUAA